AUGGCGAGGACGGGGCGGUCCGUGCUGCUCCUCCUCCUGAUCCCCACGGUGCUCUCCCCGCUACUGCUCUCCGAGCGCCGCCUCACCGUCGCGAUUAACCCCAACGAAAGGAAGGAUUUUCCUGCCGAGAUUGCGAGUCAGGGCCAUAGCGUCAAGGAUAGGAAGCUAAAUGCGUUUCCUCUGGAAACUCUGAGUUCUCUGAAGGAAUCUGUCGGUGCCGUAUUAGUGGAGGAACCGCCCCAUUUAGCCAACGAUUCGAUUGAAUCCGCGGACCAAGAAUUGCUACCGGGGAAGAGAGCUAACAGGGUGCUUUCUGAGACCACUUCUGGUGAUGGUGCUGUAUUGAAGGGUGGAGACCUGAUCGACCAAGUGACAAGGCGGACGGCAGAAGAUGGUGGUUUGGCGACGGGCUCAAUGGAUAAGCAGGAGAAGCACACAGGAUCCCAGCAGCAGUCUUCUUCUGAGGUGGCGUCCUGGGUCACAUGGGUUGGGCCCCAGACGAUCUGGAGAUUUGGCUCGGGUGGUCCAAGCGGCUUUUUCCGUGGGCAACAGUCCCUGCACCGGACGGUCUUACACGAGGGCCUGGGAAGAUCAUUGGAGGCUAUAACACAGAUACCUCAGGGAUAUCAAGGUGCAGGGAAGAACCCUCAAAAAGAAAACACAGAUGGCAGGAGUAAAAAUAUGGCUUCGUCGGAUACUAGAGUCCGGGAUAUCAAGGAUCAUUUAAUCAAGGCAAAGGUCUACCUUGGUCUUGGAGCCAUUCGAGCAAAUCCUCAAUACCUCAGGGAAUUGCGACAGAGGAUACGGGAAGUUCAAAAGGUGCUUGGUGAAGCAUCCAAGGACUCUGAUCUACCAAAGAAUGCCAAUGAGAAGGUGAAAGCACUUGAGCAGACAUUGGUCAAGGGCGAACAGACACAGGAUGAUUGCUCUGUUGUUGUCAAAAAGCUCCGGGCUAUGCUUCAUUCGGCAGAGGAGCAGCUGUAUGCACAAAAAAAGCAAACUGUUUUUCUAACUCAACUUGCAGCCAAAACCCUUCCCAAAGGUCUUCACUGCCUCCCCUUGAGGCUAGCUAAUGAAUACUUUUCAUUGGAUCCUAGUCAGCAGCAAUUCCCAAACCAGGAGAAACUUGAUGAUCCCAAACUGUACCACUAUGCCUUGUUCUCAGAUAAUAUAUUGGCAACAGCAGUUGUUGUUAAUUCGACAGUGUUAAAUGCCAAGCAUCCUUCUCGUCAGGUUUUCCACAUAGUAACUGACAGACUAAAUUAUGCUCCAAUGAGAAUGUGGUUCCUCUCUAAUCCUCCUGGAAAAGCAACAAUUGAAGUACAAAAUAUUGACGAAUUCACAUGGCUAAAUGACAGCUCGAGCCUGUUGCUGAAACAACUGGGAUCUCAAUCUAUGAUCGAUUAUUACUUUAGGGCACAAAGUGCAAAUUCAGAUUCAUAUUUGAAGUACAGAAACCCAAAGUAUCUUUCAAUGCUUAAUCAUCUGCGAUUCUACUUGCCUGAGAUUUAUCCAAAGCUCGACAAGGUGGUUUUUCUUGAUGAUGAUGUAGUAGUAAGAAAGGACAUAACUGGCCUCUGGUCAAUCGAUAUGAAGGGGAAGGUUAAUGGUGCUGUAGAGACUUGUGGAGAGAGCUUCCAUCGCUUCGAUCGUUACUUGAAUUUCUCAAGUCCUGUUGUUGCAAAGAAUUUUGAUCCCAAUGCAUGUGUCUGGGCUUUUGGAAUGAAUAUGUUUGAUCUGGCUGAAUGGAGGCGGCAGAACAUAACUGAAAUCUACCACUUUUGGCAGAAGCUUAAUGAAGACGGAUUGCUAUGGAAACUUGGCACUCUCCCUCUAGGUCUGGUUACAUUCUGGAACAAGACAUUCCCCCUCGAUCGAUCAUGGCAUAUUCUCGGUCUAGGUUACAACCCACAUGUAAGCAGUAGUGGCCUGGAGCGUGCCGCGGUCAUACAUUACAAUGGCAACAUGAAGCCCUGGCUUGAGAUUGGCCUGCCCAAGUUCCGAAGCUACUGGUCAGAGUAUCUUGACUACGAUCAGCCUUUUCUGCGGGAAUGCAACAUCAAUCCGUGA